CAUUUUUUCUUUUAUUUGGUAAAAUUUAAAGAGAAAAUGUUGUUAAAGUAUGUACUUGUUGUACAGACAUGUACAGUACUGGUCAGCUCUAAUAUGCGGCAAAAACGGCAAUUUCAGUUUAACCUGGGACAACUGUUUGGACCUCAACCUCAUAACAAUAACGGUCAGAUUAACAACGGCCAAAGGAUUGAUCUCGGCGCUGUGGCCGGUAACAUUCUGGGAAACAUUCUGCAACGGCCAAAACAAACGGAUGGAUCCUCGACGCCUAUUCCUCCUUUAAAUGGAUUUAUAAAUGAUUUUGUUGGAACUGCUCUGAACAACACAGACAUUCAACUUGGAUUCGAAAAUGGAAAUCUCCAGGUGGCAAUAAACCCAGUGAAUAGACCGCAGGAGAAUGGUAGACCAGACUUUAACUAUGACUGUGACGGUCAACUCUUCAGACGAUUUCCAGACAGAGAUCGAAGAAGGGCUGAGCAGGUGGUUUGCCCCUGCUGGAGAUUUGGACUUAUCCCAGAUAAUAAUAAUCUCAACAUUAUUAAUAAUCCAUCUCAGGAAAACAACCCUUUCAGUUGUAAACAGAAGUGCGAUAACACCCCUGAAUGCGCUGCAUGGACCUUUAAAGAGUCAAGAAGAAGAAGAAAUUUCAACUGUUUCCUAAAGAGUAGCAGUGCAAAUCUGUUUACAGUGGACGACUAUGUUUCAGGAGUGAAAAACUGUGGUCAACCUGGGGGACAACCACAACCACAACCUACUCAACCUCCACAACCACAACCUACCCAAGCUCCUUCAACCUCAGCUCCACUCACAAGUUGCAGAACUGUAUCUGGAGCCAAUAAUGGAGCAUUGUGCGUCCUCCCUUUCACACAUAAGGGAAUAACCCAUACAAAAUGUACGUUAGACGAUGCCGAUGACGGUAAGCCAUGGUGCUCCACACUCACUGAUGGAACAGGUCAGCAUAUCGGAGGUCAGGGACAAUGGGGUCAUUGUAUACCUGAGUGCUCAGAAAACCAAGGACUUGAUAUUAUACCGAUCACAGAGGAAAAACCAGCUCCAGGACCCGUACCAGGAUGUGGAGCUUACACUAAGAGAUUCCAGACUAGAAUAGUUGGAGGGAAACCAGCAGAUCCUAAUGAAUGGCCCUGGCUAGCUGCCCUGCUCCGACCCAGCAGCACAGGCUCUGGACAGUACUGUGGAGGAACUCUUAUCUCAGAUACUCAUGUCCUAACCGCAGCGCAUUGUGUUGUUAUAUUUAAAACUGAAGAGAUCCAAGUAAAGCUUGGAGAAUAUGAUUUCAAUGCUGCUGGAGAGACACAAGAUCAACAGUACGCGGUUCAAUCUGUAAUAGUUCAUCAACAGUAUAAUAAUGCAACCUAUGAAAACGACAUUGCAAUUCUAAAGUUAGCUAGUCCUAUUACAAGAACUAAAUCUGUUUUCCCCAUCUGUCUCCCUCAACCGAACGAAGAGUUUGAAGGACAAAAGGCCUGGGUUAUAGGAUGGGGCACAAUAUUUUUUGGCGGCCCUGCAAGUGAUGUUCUCAGAGAAGUGGAGGUGGAUGUGUGGAACCAACAGAAAUGUGCUGCUAAUUAUCAAAAUAUCGGCAGAUCUGUUCUUGACACUAUGAUGUGCGCUGGGUCUCCUGGAGUGGAUUCCUGCCAAGGAGACAGUGGCGGACCUCUUAACUGUAAGAAUUCAUUUACAGGUUCUUGGUCGGUGUGUGGUGUAGUAUCUUGGGGGGCCAAAUGUGCCGAAGAAGAUUAUCCUGGAGUGUACACAAGGGUUUCCAAAUACCUCGACUGGAUUAAUUCAAAUACAUUUUUCUGAUAAUUUGUGAAAUCUGAAAUGAGACAAUUCUAAUCCCACAGGUUGAGGUCACUGCAGUCUAGAAUCAUUAAUCAAUUUUUAGAUAGAAAAAAAAAAAAUUUGUAAUUAUCGUGUUUUUUAAUCACUCUGAAUGUCAGCUUAAACCGUACAGUUCAGAAAUAUUUUCAAUUUGAGAUUUAUGUUGAUAGUCCCUUUCAUCUAACAAAAUCAAUAUUGUAAAAAUUAUUUAAGUAAGUAAAUAUUAUCACCUAAAUUAAAGGGACUUUAAAAAAUUUAAAGGGGGUAUAAGCUUUCAUUAUCAAGAGCUAAAGUGAUCAGCUUUUAGCCUAUGCCCUAUUUUCCUUUACAAUCCCUUCAAGUAAAUAGAUAUUAUCACCUAAAUUAAGCAAUAUAUAUAUUUUAUAUAUCUUUACUAUUUAUUCAUUCUCUUAUCUAUGAUUAAUGAUUAAAUAAAUUGAUUAAAUAAAUAUAUACCUUUAUAUGAAUUUUACUAUUCUUUGCAGUUUUCUUUUUCCAAAAAUAGUCUUUUGAAAACGGACAUUCUUGAUGCAUACAGGGUGUCCCACGAAACAUGACAGUAGCAAGACAAUUUGAAAGUCGUCUUAAAUCUUUAGUUUUAUUUUAUAUACUUAUAGUCGUCAACCUUCUUUUACAUGUAUGAUUCUUGCAAUAAUAAACAAAAAAUUCUUCUA